CCUAGCUCGUAUAGCUCAUGCCUUACUUACUGUACUGUUCUGUUGUCGCUAAGCAACAACGAUUUAUACAGAGGUUUGCUGCUAUGAAGUGUUUAUUAUAGGUUUUACUUUGUUAAUGAGCAGGGCAACUUUCAGGGGAAUUGCCCUCUCCGGGGCUAAAAAUACACACACCAAAUUUGACUGGGUGUGUAGCUAACGUUAGCUAACACUGGCAGCUGCCAGGUCCUGUAACAGUAGCUUCCAGUUUGGGAACGGUUACAGCAGAAAAAAUGGCUGAGGCAGUCGCAAAUGUGGCCCGAAGGAUCAAUGCAACUGUCGAGGAAGAGAGAGAUACUUUGGAUCUGUCGAACUGCAAGCUCAUUUCUUUCCCAGAAGGCGUAUUCAAGGUCCUGAGGAGUGUUACACAAAACAUCCAUGUUAUCACGUUGGCUGACAAUGAGAUGAAGGCUAUUUCCAGCAAGUUCUUUUCAACCUUCACUCAGCUCAGAGAACUGGACCUGCAAGGCAAUGUUCUCACCAAACUGCCUGACUCCCUGGAAGAAAUGCAGCAUCUGAUCAGCAUCAAUCUGGCUAAUAACAACUUAUCCAUCUUUCCCGAGAAGCUUACUGAAGUAGCCACACUGGAGAGGAUUAACCUGGAGGGAAAUAACAUCACAGAUAUACCAAUGGAGAAGCUGUCUGCCAUGCCCGCACUUAAGUGGCUGAACGUGAAGUCAAACCCUUUGGACACAGACAUCCAUAAUGCUCUGAAAUCUCCCCACAAAUUUGACAUUUUGUCCUCUACGGAGUCCUAAUGCCCUAAACAAUAUUUCACCACCUAUAGACUGCAUGCUGUGUGCCUUGAACCACUUCCGCUGGAUACUUAUGUGUGCCUGAAAGAUGAGAAUAGAAAAUACUUGAAGAUAGCACAAUGUCGUACAAGAAUCAAGAAAACAGAGACAUCUAAAGAUGGCGUCCUACAGCUGGUGACCACACCCUGUGGCUCCUACUUUGUCCUCUUUGUAUGAAUUACAAAGAGCUGAAGUUUAUUUGGAUGUGAUUCAUCUUUAUACACCGGUUGACAUGUUUUUUUCCUCAACAGAGAUAUUUGUAAUGGGUUAUUUAUUACUUUGAUAGUUUAAAGCUUUUUCAAUUAAAAAUGAUACUGUCAACUACACAGUCUCAUUAUUAUUCACUGGUUAGAUCCAUUUCUGGCAGCAAAGACACAUGAUGACUUAUAGAAGUGUGCACUGAAAAAAACAAAACCAUUACAGGCCUGAAAUGUUUUGUUUUGUACAAUCAAUCAAUUUUUGAAACAAUGCAAAAUAUCUUUUUUUACAAUUGUAAAUAUAAUGCAGAAAAGCAGCAUAUCUUCCCAUUUGAGUUGCUGUAACCAGGGAAUGUUUGGCAUUUUUGUUUGAUAAA